AUGCGAAUAGAAGGAAAGAAACAGUCUUCUGUCAGUAGUGACACUAUUAUAUUUAAGGACAACGACUCUAAAGAAAUAGCAAGUAGAGCAUUCGAAUUGACAACAGUUCCUCAACUUGAUAAUAGAUUAUUUAUCUUUAGACUACAAAGAGCUAAAGAUCUGAAGUAUAGGAGCAAAUUUCAAUCAAUCCUAGUAAACGUUAAUGGAAAAGGCCUG